AUGUCCGCGGACGCUAAGCUCAAGGCCGACGUCGCCGCCUUCCUGCGCUCUGGUGGCGCGCGCACCUCAGCGGAGAGCGACCCGUUCAAUGAGCCCAACGACUGGGAGCGUGGCCGCGGCGGCAAGGGUGGUGCAGGCAAGGGCGUCGGCAAGGGCAAGGGAGGCGGAAAGGGAGGCGGAAAGGGAGGCAAGGGAGGCGGCAAGGGCGGCGGCAAGGGCGGCGGCAAGGGCGGUCCCGACCCGUGGGCCGUGGCAGAGGCGCGGGGCUCGACAAAGCGCGAGGCGGCGGGCACGCUCGCUGCGGCCGCCAACCUCUCGGAGGAGGCGCUUCGGCGCGCGCCUCCGAUGGCGCUGCCCGUCUGCUCCGCCUGGUGGGAGGAGGGCCUGGUGGCCGCCGCUUCCGGCGCUGCUCCGCUCGGGGCAUCGCGAGCCACAGAGCUGCGGGCGAGGGCAGAACAGCUGCACGAGUCGGAGCAGCAGGCGUUUGCGGCGGCGCAGGCGAAGAAGCACGGCAGCGACGCGCGCUUCGUCGCGAAGCUCGUCGCCUCGGGCACCAUCCGCGACCGCCUCGCCGCCCUCCAGGCGGUCGAGGCGCUGCUCGCCGUGUUUCUGCGCCAGCUGCUGCCUCCCGACCGACCUCUCGUCCCCCUCGAGAAGCAGCGGCUCGGCGCGUCCCCUUCGGACAGGGCGCUGCUGUGCGCGCACUACGAGGACCGACUCAAGGCGCUCUACGGCGAGGCGGCGCUCUACGGCGAGGCGGCGCUGUACGGCGAGGCGGUGGCGGUGGUGAGUGCGGGCGCGGCGUCCAACUUGCCGCAUCUGAAGCAGCGGAUGGUGAGCGGGCUGCACGAGAUGCUGUCCGCGAGGCCGGAGCUGGAGCACUCUUUGCUCCCUUCGCUCGUCAACAAGCUGGGCGACCCAGACAAGAAGGUCGCCUCCCGUGUCACGCACCUCCUGGGCCAGCUCUCGCAGUCGCAUCCCCCGAUGAAGCCGGUGCUGCUCGCCGCCGUGCAGCGGUUUGUCCCUCGGCCGAACGCGGCGAUGGACUCGCGCAUGCUCUCCGCGCUGCUGAGCGGCAUACACCGCGCCGUGCCGUUCUGCAGCGCGCCGGCCGAGCUGCUGCUGAAGCAACUCGGCGCCUUCUCUUCCGCUGCGAGCGCCCUCUUCCGCUGCGCGCACGCCGCCAACUUCUCCAUCACCGCGCUGAUGAUCCUCUCUCACGCGGCUCGCUUCGACGACUCACUGACGGACCGGUUCUACACCGCGCUCUACGACGCGCUGCUGCACCCGGACCUCCCCGCGUCCGCCAAGCUCGCGCUCUUCCUCAACGUCGCGAUGAAGUCGGACGCGUCCGAGCUGCGCCGCGCCGCAUUUGCCAAGCGGCUGCUGCAGCUCUGUGCGCACGCGACGCCCGCGCUGGCUUGCGGCGCCCUCCUCCUCCUCUCGGAGGUGGCGCGCGCCGCCCCCUCCCUCCGCGCGAUGAUUGCGCAGCCGCAGAUCGCAAUCUCGCAGCCGCAGAUCGCAAUCUCGCAGCCGCAGAUCGCAAUCUCGCAGCCGCAGAUCGCAAUCUCGCAGCCAGCCGGCGCCGGCGCCGCGGGCGGCGGCAGCAGCAGCCGCGGCGACCCGCUGCACGACUUCCAGUUGGGCUCGUUUCUGGACAAGUUCGUCUUCAAGAACCCGAAGCGAGGUGCGUUCGCGCAGCAGCUGGCGGAGGGGCUGAUGGCGGACGACCCGGGCGACGACGACGACGAGGGCCUUUGGCUCUCUCGCCCCUCCGGCGGCUUCGGGCUCGACGGCCUCGGCGACAGCAGCGACGGCGGCGGCGACGACGACGAGGAGGAGGAGGUGGUGGAGGAGGAGGAGGAGGACGAGGCGGCGGGCGACGAGGACGACGAGCCCCUCAGCGGUUUCGAGGACGACGACGACGACGAGGAGGAGGAGGAGGAGGAGGCGGGCAAGAAGGGCGGCGGCGGCAAGCAGAAGCGCAAGCGCGGCGGCGCCACCUUCGCCGACGCCGACGAGUUUGCGCACAUCCUCGAGGCGUGGGACACUUCUUAG